CACUUGCGCCCCCCUCAGGUAAUCCUGAAAAUGAAGUGUCGAGUCAAAGCUCCCGAUUGCGUCACUGGGGGCAGACGAACAGCAGCGGCCAUUUUAUUCCGCGUAAAACUUCAGCACUAAACAAAAAAAGGAAAUUGAGUCCUGUUUAUGUAAUAGUCAAAGGUGGACCAUUAAGCCAACGACUACGCUGAUGUGGGCAUUUACAAACACAAAGGCUAAAGGUAAGGCUGCUCAUAGGUGAAAAAAAAAGCUAUUUGUUUCAUCCGCUUAUGCUGUCUAACAGUUUGCUGACAUUAGUAUGAGACAUCCGUCGCUCAUGCAGUACUGUAUAGUGCAUGUAGGAUGUGUGGGCUUGCCAGCCAGCUAGCUGCCCAGCUAACAUUACAGGGCAGACAAUUGUGUCCAGCCUUAUUAACGUUCAACAGUUUCUUUGUAAAAAAUAGUGUCAGUCAUGCCGAGUUUUUCGGUUAUCGGCAGAAAAAUUGUCAUUCCCUAACAGUAAAGGCAACACAUGUGACAUUCAUUUUGGGAAAAUACUAAGCCAUUAAGAUAUAACGUUAACUUGGCUAGCAAGCUAGCCAUAUUCCUAGUUGGCUGGAAUGGUUGUUUAUCUUUCCAGACUCCCCUGACAUUCGAGUAUAUUACAAUACGAUUGUCACACAGGACAGUCCCAAAUUGUAUUCACAAGGGCUAACAGAAGAGCAACCGUGAUCGUAGCCUACUUUUAUUAUUUUUAUAACCAAAUCUCCUCACUGUGUCCUGUCAAUAACAAUGUAUGGAAAUGUCAACCAUUGCGGCACUGAGAACUGAUUGACACCCAGGGACAUUUCUAAGCCAAAUUGUUUUGAAAAUGCAGACUAUUCUAUUCUUUGACAUGCGGCAUCUCUAAUCACUUGCCGCAUGCCUAUCAAUAUUAUCUAGUGUCCCAAAAUUAUACCUCGUACAUUCUGUGAAGGUUAUUUGUGGUGUACCGCUAUUAGGAUCUAGCGUUUAUUCGUGAGCUCAAAACUGUCUGCGGUUAUAAGCAGGUCUUCCUCUGAAGCUGAUGAAUGUCAUUAGGUGCCUCCUGUGACACCACAUCACCUGAAAUCAGACAUAGAUAUGAAAGGCGCAACGAAACACAACAAUACAUCAGUGGUGCAGGGAGAGACUGAUGAAAGUGGCACUUUGUAGACAGUACGUGAGUCAUUCACAGGUGUGCCAGUUCACCUUACAUCCCAGACACCUACUCAGCUGCUGUCUCCAGCUAGAUGUUUGUUAAACAAGGACCUUAGCAUGUCAUGGCAACAGAUGUGAUAGAUGCUGUCUAAUCUUGAAAAAGAGUUUGUUUCAAGUGCAAUGUUAAAUUAAUCACACAGCCACAACCUUUUGUGGGGCAGAUUACAGAAGAGAGCUGUGGUGGCAUUCAAUAAAACAUGUUUUUCAACAAGCUUUUGUUCCCAAGCAGUGAUUUGGGGAGGCAUCACAUUCCAGUGCUCUGUCCCAUGAGAUUCAGUGACACAUUUCUCAGAAGUGACAUCAGCACAUGUUGUGGUGGGCCGACUCUCUCAGCUCCUCGGUCUUAACUUGCGGAAGAGAAUCGAGGGCUGAAUGAUUUGGUUAUUUUGGCACAUAUCGGUGUAUAUGCAUAUCACCAGCACACCACACGCCUGUUUGUUAAUUCUUUCAUAACCUGACAUCAUCCAGCGGUAUGCUGCCCCCAGCAAGAAUGUUUUCGGUGAGGCCUAUUCGUGUUGUUUUUGUGAUUGCUUGGUCAUGUAUGUCAUAUUUAUGCCUUCUGUGAUUUGUAUGCUUUCAUCUGUGCAAUGUCCUGUGAUUUUAAAUGCCGGAUAAAGGUCUGUUUGGUUCAGCUAUUUCAAACACAUCACCAUUAAUAAGCGUAUUACAAACACAUUUUUCUUCAGAAGCAAUCUAGGGAAACAUUUAUUUUGGUGUCACUGCCUUGUAAGAUUGAGGGGAUUUUUCAGCCUUUGCCAGAUCUUGAUUUUGACUUAACAAGCUAGUUUUGCUUUGAUGAGAUCAUCUCCCAAGUUCUCUCGAAGCGCUCACGGGAACCAAAACAGAGAGCUUGAGGUCAGAAAAGCAGAACCUCUUGCCAGAACCUUGACUCUUGUGGCCGCCUUUUGCAUUUCUGUUGAACAGGCUCUCAUUAACUCGUUACAAGUGCUUCUUAUUUUGGUCGACAGCCUUGGCGCUAAUGUGGCGCAGUCUUGAUACAGGCGGACUGUUCCGAAUUGGCCAGGAAAUGCACUCAGCCUGAUAGCCCUGGUCUCAAAGGGGAGAUGUCGUUGCAGACCAGGGAGAGUGCUGUACUCCUCAACACUGACCAGGAUGUGGGUUCAAGGGGUCUUAUCUCCGGAAAGAGUGGUCGUUUUUUUUGGGACAUUUUGUUCACGUUAGUCGGACAGGAGUCAGCUGUGGCUAGUGCGUUUGAAAUUCUCUUGACCACUGGCCCAGUGGCUUCACUUUAAACCUGCCUUCGGGUAUCCACAUUUAGGAUGCAGCUCUGAAAUUCAGCCUUUUCACGGCACCUCUUACAAUGUACAGUGUUCAAUUUCUAUUCAAAAAUACACAAUGUGUGUCGUACAUUAUAAGUUUAUGUACACUGUGACGCCUUGCUUGAGUUUCUGUCUUGUUUGAUUGUGUAUUCAUGUGAGUUAACAACAUCCCUUGAGUAUGAAAACAAACAGGAGCAGCGUCCAGUCCAGCUCUGUAGUGCAGACAAAGCCUGUGUGUGUUGUGGUGGAGUAGUAGGCUAGUCUCUGUGGGUUACUAGAGGCCCAGUCUGUGAUAAAGGGAGGUGUGACUGAUUGAGUGAGUAUGUGUGUGUGUGUGCGUGUGUGUGUGUGUGUGUGUGUUUUUAUAGUCCUCCUGGUUAUUCCGACACACUCACUUGUGCCAGCAGGCUAUUUUAAGACCAGCGCUGACGCCUCUCUGCUUUGUAGUGUUGAGGAAGAGGAGGCCUGGGCAUUCGUGUGUGGGUUUGUUUGUUUGCCGCCGCCGCUGUUUGAUAUGAUCCAUUUGGACUGGACCAUCUUGUUGAUUGAGGAUGCAGAGAUGCGACUCCCCCAGGUCUUUGCACAUGUGUUUCCUGCCUUUAAGCAGACACCGUGGCUUCCUCCUAAAGGUUAAGCCUACCGCCGCUCCGCUUAACUUGAGCUAUCGCACAGCAUGACAUAAACCACACCAUAUGCCUCUCUCUGAAGACAGAGCUCUGUGUGUGUGUGUGUGUGUGUGUGUGCGUGUGUGUGUGUGUGUGUGUGUUUGUGUGUGUGUGUGUGUGUGUGUUUUGCGUGCACUGGGGCUGGACUGAUAACAUUGUCCGGAGAAAAAAAAUAGCUAAUUGAUUCAACUCUUGUGCUGACAGCUUUCUGUUAGCCUCAGUGUAUAGGGCUGUUUGGUCUGCAACCAUCAUCAACGCAUGCACCGGUUAAUAUGUAACCGCCACCUUGCUUGGAAUGCGAAUACAUCCAUAAAAGGUUAACUCUCAAAUCACGGACCUGAACUGUGCUAUCGGUCCACACCAUUUUGUUUUCUGUUUCAACCCACGCAGGUCCCACCUAUAUUCAGUUCUGUCCUGUUUGAUACACACAUGGCAGCAAUUGGUCCCUGUUUGUGGCAGAACAAGCCCAGAGACCUGGCAGGUGGCCACGGCCCACUGAUAGUUCACAGUGGGGCUUGAUGUUUACCAGAGCGUGUUUAGUCAUGGUUCAGGUGUAGCCCUGUGCCAUCGUGUCCUCAGGAGACGGCACACAAGCGUGGCGAGCUCCGCUUUUUUUUUUUGUGCACUGUGAUGUCUGCGAAAGGUGAAAGGGGACGUUGUGUUUUGUUGGUGAAUAGAAACAGCUGGAGCCGUGGGCCAGAGCCGUCAUUAACCAUCAUAUCUGCUUCAUCUGCUCCUCAGGACUUUCCAGGAAUGAAAGAUUUCAUGAAAUGAAAAGGCACCUGUGAAACUUUCGACAGCCGGGGAAAUGGUAGCCUAGAAGUGUGUUUACUUCUCUUGGGAGUGAUGACAGGGGUGACUUGCUGCACAACUUACCUACCGGUUGGUCUCCAUGGCUUAAAGAGUGAAUACAAAGUCUUAUCACCCUCCGUCUCUUCUUCCACUUCCCAGCAUUAAGGGACCCACGUUGAGGACAGCGCCCAGACCGAACCCACUGCCACCCCCUCCCCCCUCCUCCACUGCUCCCCUCCUGCCUGCUGGUCGCCAGGGCGUCCCCCCCUGACCCCUCGGUAAGGAGAUGGAGGCCCGGGGGGACUCUGGGCUGCCGGGGCUGCCGGCGCCCAGCCCGCAGAGCGAGGCGGUGGCCCACGAGCUGGAGGAGCUGACCCUGCAGCCCAGCAACAACCUGCCUCCUCUCAACGAGCGCAAGAACGUGCUCCAGUUGAGGCUCCAGCAGAGACGCACGCGGGAGCAGCUCGUAGACCAGGGCAUCAUGCCACCCCUGAAGAGCCCCGCAGCAUUUCACGAACAGAUCCGCAGCCUGGAGAGAGCCAGGACGGAAAAUUUCCUGAAGCACAAGAUCCGCAGUCGGCCCCAGCGGUCGGAGCUGGUGCGCAUGCACAUCCUGCAGGAGACGCUCGCUGAGCCCUCCCUGCAGGCCACGCAGCUGAAGCUCAAGCGGGCGCGCCUGGCCGACGACCUCAACGAGAAGCUCGCCCAGCGGCCCGGACCCUUGGAGUUGGUGGAGAAAAACAUCCUGCCUGUGGAUUCCACCCUCAAAGACGCCAUUGUCGAGGGGCAGAUGCAGUACCCAAAGACGCUGGAAGCGUUCGACGAGGACAGCUGGGACGCCCUCUCCCCGGACCAGCCGGCCAGCCAGGACUCCCAGAGCUCGGCAGCUUCCCCCGGGGACACGCGGCCACCGGAGACACCCUCUCCUCUACCUAUCACAUCUAUCACAUUACAGCCGAGUCCCUCGGUUCCCCAGGCUGUGCCAGACUUCCUCAAGCCCUUCCCCAGCAGUGAGAAGCAGCUCCCGACUCCCCCCCCAGCGGUCGCUAUCCCUCAGCCAAUCAGCCCUGCUGCCCCGACAAAGCCUGCGCCCAUGCUGGUCAAGCAAAGCCAGCCCAAGAUGCCAGGGGACAAGAGCCGCAGCAAGAAGAGCAAGGAGGCCAAGCCGCGCGUCAAGAAGCUCAAGUACCACCAGUACAUUCCCCCGGACCAGAAGCAGGAGCCCAGCGAGGAGCCCAUGGACUCGGCCUACGCCCGGCUCCUCCAGCAGCAGCAGCUCUUCCUGCAGCUGCAGAUCAUCAGUCAGCAGCAGCAGCAGCACUACAACUACCAGGCCAUCCUGCCCGCGCCCCUGAAGCCGGUGGUGGAAGGCCAGCCUCUGAACAGCACCAACAGUCUGCCCACCUCCAUCGUCGUGUCGCUGCCCGCUGCUGCCCCUGCCGCGCCCACGGCGGCCCCCGCCAAGCCCAACAACACUGCCAGCAGCCGCAAGGUGGGCAUGCUGCCCGCCAACCUGGAAGAGAUGAAGGUGGCUGAGCUGAAGAUGGAGCUGAAGCUGCGUGGCCUCCCCGUGUCCGGCACCAAAACCGACCUCAUCGAGCGCCUCAAGCCCUACCAGGACAGCCCUGCAGCCCCUGUGCAUGCCAGCACCACACCCCACCAGCUCUCCACCAACACCACCACCACCUCCACAACACCCAUGGAGGUCUCCAUCUCGUUGGCCUCUUUAUCUCCCAGCCAACAGCCUCCUGUGGUGGAGAACAUGACUGCCUCACCCCCUGUCUCCCCCAUGCCCACGGACCCCACAAAGGAAGACGCAGGAAGGGUCCUGGAGAGCCACAGGGAGGCCCUGAUGGCCAUGCUCAACGGGCCCCGGGUGCCCGAGGAGCGUGAUCGACAGCUCCACGAGAAGGAGCGCCAGAUCAAGGAGCUCCUGCGCAAGCUGGAGCACGAGCAGCGCCUGGUGGAGGAGCUGAAGAUGCAGUUGGAGGUGGAGAAGAGGAGCGGCAUCAGUAGCACCAACCAGGCGAUGGUGCCGUCUCCUCCACCCCCGCCUCCUACACUACCCUUGACGUUCUGCGAAAGCAGCCCCCGCAGCCCCGUAUUUGCCGUGUCCCCGGUAAAGACUGAGCACCGGGCCCCCACGAACUGCACCAUGGGGGUGCAGGGCUCUCCCCAGAUGGUGAAGCUGGAGGAGGCUCAUGCUGCCCAGGUGAACAGUGCUGCCGCACCGCUGCUACCCCAGUUCCUCAUCAGCCACGCGGGCAUGCCUCAGGUGCUGACCCAUCCCCAGACCACCAUCAUCACCACCCAGCACGCCGGCACGCCCAUCGUGCUGCCCGUCUCCCUGCCCAACAACACGGGCACCAUCCAGCUGCCCACUGUCACGGGUGUCAAACUACAGCCUGUCCUCCAUGCGGCGGUCUCGCCCCAAGGCCCCGGCCUGAUCCAGGCCCCUGUGCCCCAGCUCCGGCCCGGCAAACCCGAGAGCCCCUCAGCUCAGCAGCUCUCCAGCCACAACCACUUAGUACAGACACUGCCUGUGUGCACCCCUGCUGGCUUCCAGCACCGCCUAACUGAGAACCAGGUAGGCCCAGAGGGGCACCAGUGUUUCCUGAGCAGCUCCCCAGACAACAGGCUCUCUCCCCGGGCAUCACCUGGGCAUACCGUCUCCAAUGGCCCCCUGAACAAGUCCCCGUCCCAUCCCCAGCCCACCUUCAUCCUGCAUCCCACCACCUUCACCAGCAUCCCCAAGAGCAAAGAGCCGCCGCGCUACGAGGAUGCGGUCAAACAGAGCCGCAGCAUGCAGAAUGCUGCUCUCGCACAGGUUCCCACGGCAACCAGCCAGCAAAUGGACGACCUGUUCGACAUCCUGAUCGAGAGUGGAGAGAUCACGCCCUUCAGUCCUCACGAGCCCUCCACGCCAAAGCUGAUGCCCGUCACGGCCAGCGUCACCACGCUGCCCAUCAACACGGCCCUCUCCCGGCCGCCCGCCCACGUGCAGCUGGCGCCGCCUCCGGUCCUGGGCGUAGACACGCUGCCCAGCCUGGCCUCGCUGGCCACCGACAACCAGCUGGAGGCGCUGCUGGACGGGGCGCUGGAGGCCGAGCCGCGGCUGCUGGAGGACCUGCACGCGCAGCUCCUGGCCGACUCCCAGCACUCGGCGCACUCCCCCAUGGACACGACGGACCUGGGCUUCAGCGAGACUGGUGGCCUGGGCCCCUCCAGCUCGUCCUCGUCCUUCAGCCUGCAGGAGGCCGGCCUGGACAGCAUGGAGUGGCUGGACCUUACCAUGCCAGGGACCAUGGGCACCCUCAACCCGCUGGGCAUGGCCACGGACUUCCUGGACACGCACGAUCUGCAGAUGCCCUGGGACUGAGGGCUUCGCCCUCUCUCUUUCUCCAUCUCUCUCUUUUUUCAUCUCUCUCUCUCUGUCAAUCUCUCCUUUUUUAUUUCUCUCCCUCACCUACAUCCUUGUCUAGCUUUGAGGAUGGUGCUGGGUUUGUACUCGAGAGGGUAGUUGGAUGGUUGUGUAUGAAGUGUGUGCGCGUCUCCCAAGUGACCAUGCUGAUCUUCAUACCUCAAGAGUCCCACCCACAUUUUUUAGCGGCCUGCCUCUGCCAACCUUCACACACACACACACACACACACACACACACACACACACACACACACACACCCACACUGAUCACUACUCUACACACAUGCGGAGCCUGAGGAUAUGUCAGCACCCCUGUAUCGCCCCUCUCUGUUGGGCCUAUCAUGGCCCGGGUCCCUCACUGGGGCAGGAGUGCACUCAGCCCUCACGGAUCACCUUGCAGUCUGACAACACUUAAUAAUUCAUUCAUUCUCUGAUAAGGGAGGGCUUCUCAUUUCCUUCAGACAGUGGGCUGAAUGUGAGGGAGGGACACAGACCGGGCAGUCUGUUCAGGAGGCCGGCAGGGCAUGCGCCGCUUUUUGACCACUCGACAGUAAUCAGCUUCUAAUUAAGACUAGAGAAGCUCAGUGAUCGGAGUAGUACCAACAACCAAACCCAACACCUGAGUAUUAAAGACUCCAUAGUUCAGAUGUUAGAGUCUCUAGGCAUCAUCUCCCUGAUGCAUCCAUCCAGUGGUGCGUUUCAGAUCAAGAUGAACGACCAAAUGUGGUUUCAGGAGAGAAAUCGGGAGAGGUCUCAGAUGAAUGUUCUAGACUGUGUUUCAAUAGUGAGAGGCAGCCAUUUAGCUGUACUGAUAGGAGAGCGCUAGAUUUGCGGCACAGACCUUUUGAGGGUCGUUUACGAUGAACACAUUGAGGGGAAAAAAUGGAAAUGCUUGCCAACAUGCAAAGAUGAGGGAAUGUCCCUCUGAUGAAGGACUUUCUGAUGGGGUGGUUUGGACUGUCCGUGCCAUACAGAACAAGACCGAUUCUCAGCUAGAUGGAGUCUGUCAGCGUCUCAGUUAUUAAGGAGAGGGUUCCAGAACUGUGACUGCUGUUCACUCAGCUGUGGGAUUUGAAGUUGGUCUUCACAGGAACCACAGAAGUGAAUCAUGGACACAUGACACGUGUGUUGGCACAUGGAAUUAACCAUAUUUUCACACACACACACACACACACACACACACACACACACACACACAUUCUCCACUGGUGAGUUUUCCAUACAUCACAGUGUCUCAAGUCACUUGGCUUUGGAGAAACUUUCCAUUUCUUCUCUUUGUGUUUAAUUUGUUUCUGAGUUGAUGGACUGAUUUUCAAAGCUCACCGUCUUCAGCUGGAGCCCACGUGUAGAGAGGACAGUUACAUGGCAACACCGCUUCAUCCUUUCAUCACUAAAACUCGACACACACAUACUUCACGCCUUUUUUAAUGUGUGUGUGUGUGUGGACAGUCAGAAAACUCAUUUCACCUGCGUUAUAGAGUAGGCGGGACUGAAUGUGAGGCAGAUCAUGUGACACUGCAUACCUCAACCACUAAACCUUCACUGAGCUGGCAAGAGCACACAGGGCAUGAACCAUCUAUCUCUUUAGUUUCCGAUUGUUAGUUUGUUUGUUUGUUUGUUUGUUUGUUUUUGUAGUUUAACUGACUCCACAGGAGGAUUGUUUCAGCUGCUGUAAGACAAUGGCAAUUGGAGGACUAAAUACAGGCAGGCUUCAUGGAGGUCAAAUUCGCUUUUAGUGUGUGUGUGUGUGUGUGUGUGUGUGUGUGUGUGUGUGUGUGUGUGUGCAGGUGCGCAAGCGCGCGCGUGUGUGUGUUGUCUGCACCAAUCUGAGUCUCUAGAGGAUGGACAGAUGCAUCAUAGUUUGGGAGGGAUGUUUAUUCCUAAUGACAAGAAAUUGCAGUCUGUGUGCUGCCAUAGCAUUUAUAGUGUCAUGUCAGUUGUUUAGUCUUUCAGUCAAUCAGUCAAUUCAUUUGAGUCAAUCAAACCUGAGACAAAAUCGUGUCUCAAAGGUUCAUACAUCUGAAUGGAUGUUUAGGCGUCACUUUAUAGAAUUGAUGUUUUGAAACACUAAAGACAUUGGCUUGCUACCUCCCAGAUGUAUAACUCAAAACAUCUGGGAGUUUCUGACACUUUCCUCUUAGUGUGUUAUUGGUCACAUCUAGGGUGAUGACCGACAUUCUGCUGGUUACCCGUGGCAACGUCAUGAGUGUGUGCGAUAGGAAACGCCACUCCGUCUGGGGUAAUGUGACCACUCAACUGCGUUACUUCAGUGUUCACACACCUGUCCCAUGAGUCACAGAGUCCUCCCUUCUGGAAGUGGUCAAAUUCAUGUUACCUGCGCCUCUGUGUCUGGUUGGAUGCAUGGAUACUUCUUCGUGUGUGUGUGUGUCUGUGCAUGUGUAACUUUGUAUUGCUAUUACCCAAGAUUUACCUGCUCCUUCCCCCAGCACUUUCAUCAUAGUCACUAUUUUUAGUUAAAGACAAUGAUGUGCUAAUUAACUGGCAAGAAUUUGGCAAGAAAGUCCUUUCUGCUAAAGGUCUUCUCAUGUAGAACUAAAGGUCUUUGUGUCUGUUAGGACGAGUGUCAAAACAGCAGGCCGUAGAAAACAUUUUAAAGAUACUAUCUUUAUUAUAAGAUGAUGAUUAGUUAGCAAUAUCACUAAAUGAUGUCUGUCUUGCCACCUUAUACUUGUGCAGGAGAAGAAAAGCUCUUCAGGUUGGACUUCUUGAAAUCAGACGAGUCAGAAAAGAUCACCUCUAGCAAAUAUCAUACUCCCAUUAAAAGAAACCGUAAUAACAAUAUGUAACAGGCUUUUGGGUCGAGUAUUGAUUCAUCUUCAUUACUCAAUUCAGCUCCUGAAGUUUAAGCAUUUGUGUUAACAGUCAGUAGCUAAUUCUAAGCGCUUCGACACUGAUUGUGAGUAUAUACUCGUGAGUAUAUAUUGUCUAUACUCGUGCAUUAAAAGCAUGCGCGUAGACGUCUCGUCCUCGACACGACCCCCGCCACAGGCACCACUAACCCAACAGACAUCCCGGCAGUCGCGCUUACCUCAUCUCCAUUCAGAAGCAAUACUUGACACAGUCACCUGAGAGCUAUACUUGUACUCCUGUCAUUCGAUGGCAGUUGACCUCAGUCCCUGCAUGGCUUUGAUGGACGGUCACGCAGGCUGUCCCAGACUACAAGCACUUUUUUGCUGCAACAAUCAUGGAAAAAAAAAGCAAGCACCUUUAGUAUUGAUGUCAUUUUUGUCAAGGUCUUGUCUGUUUGUCUGUCUUUUGGAAGAGGUGUCAAAUGUAUAUGUGUGUGUGUCUGUAUAUGUGUGUGCAUGACUACGUGUGCGAGUGCGUUCCUUGUGAUUUGUUCUGUUUUUCGCUAAAGCUUGCGGUUAUCACAGUUUUGGGUUUAGUCGUGUUCGGCUUGUGGCGAUGGCUCUGUACUGUUUACCCGAUGCAUUGGCAAAGUCAUGCCCUCGAAAGCUGAGGUCUAAAGCUGGUAUGAUGCCAAAUAAACGCUUGUUACAAGUCCAGCCUAUAGCUCAUAUCCAGAUUGAAUGACCCCAUUGAUGGGUCUGAGAUCAUGAAAGAUAAUACCUAGAGAGGCCUUCCCCGAUGACACGCUAGCCCUGCCAUAGUGCAGUUUGGAGGGAUUGCCGUGCAUGUGUGUUACUUAUAACGCUACAAGGUAAAAAAAAACUAAAGAAAAAGAGCCCUAGUUGCCAAACAGAAACAUUGGAAAAUAUUAUAGGAUGGUCAAUGAUGAUCUUUUUAAAAAAUCAUUGUAAGAACACUUUUUUAAAAAGAAAAAAAUAUCAUAAUGAAUGGUUUUAUGGUAUUCGUAAUGGAUGAUGUUUAUCCUUUUUUUUAGACGUAUGAAAAUAUUUCAGAAUAGUGGUUUGGCUUCAAGCUGGUCCGAAACGGAAACGCAAAAAGGGAAAGCAGCAACGUCAAGUCGAAGCAAUCGUCUCCACGAGGCGAGCGAAGCAAUACGUUUUUACACCGUGCGGCACUUGCUGCACUGUUCCCCCGGCUUCAUAUCAUGACACUGCCUUUAUCUCCCUUUAGAGCCACGCAAACAAAAAGCCUAGUCUUGUUUUGUCCGGUUAAACGGCCAGAGGAGCUCCACUCCUCUCGUCUGUGUUCAGCCUCUCUCCUCCCUGCCGCUUGGACCACUAGGAGUCACGGGGAACCCCUACCCCCCUCCCCCACCCCAUUUUACACGUUUAUUAUGAAAUAUAAAUACUGUUAUGGUUUGUUGAUAUUUUUUUUUUUUAUCUGCCAUCUCUGUCCUGCUUUCAGUCCUCUUCUAGCCUUCUGUAGUUGGUCUGUGAUGCUGUGUGUUUCUGUAGCAGAGGUGGAGAAAGGGAGUGAGGGAGGAGAGAGAGAGAGAGAGGCAUCCCUCCCCUCUGAGAGGCUGAAUCAUCUGUAUGCCAUACGUUUUGCACAUUGUGUACAUAUUUUAAUGGAUGUGCUGUAAUGCAUAUUUUUAUACAUGUUUACGCAUCCAUGAGCUCUUCUGUGUAAAUAGUUCUAAGGGAUGGAAAGAAAAACAAAAUGAAACAAACAAAAAAAAGAUCUAUAUAUGCUGUUAUGUGUCAAUAAAAUUUGAUGUACUGUGAA